AAACAUUGACAGUGUCAAAAUCUAGGUUGUCUAUGCUCCCAUGAUCUUUCUCUCGCUCGGUGUUCUCGGCUCGCAUACAGACGAAUGCACAUUCCCAAGGAAAUUAAUCAGCUAAUAACAAAACUAUUCAGUGAAAAAAAUUGUCGCAAACGGGCGUUCAUGUUUCGUUGUAAAAAAUGAUCGAGUUUACCAUAAAAACCUUGGAUUCAACGAAUCACAACUUCUCAGUGGAAGAUGAGAUCACGGUUCAGCAACUUAAAGAGAAAGUCAGGGAGCAAAUGGGCAUAGAAAUAAAUCUACAGCGCCUCAUAUUUUGCGGGAGAGUACUGCAAGACGAAAAAAAAUUAUCAGAUUAUGAUGUAAACGGCAAAGUAGUGCACCUCGUGCAGCGCGCGCCGCCGAGCCCCGAGUCGCGCCACUCCGGCUACACCGCCGCAGGCGCAGGCGCCGCCGAGGGCGCUAAUGCCAACGCCAAUCAGACUAGACGGCCUAGCCCACUAGCCAGUAUCAUCAGAGAAGAGCAGGCAUCCACUUCGCCAACGUCGGGCCGCCUGGACUUCAUCCGCCUCAUGGUGUCGGAAAUCAAGACUUCUUUGGCGAGCCUCCAGGCUCAGGCUCAGGCACAGGCCCAAGCUCAGACUGUUAAUGGGGAAACCAGCACAGAAAAUGCGGCAGCGUCGGGGAGCGGCGAGGGCAAUGUUGAAAACAUGGAAACAGAUACCGCACCCAGCGGCGCCCUGGAAGAGGGUGACUCCACACUGGACGAAGCCGGCGAAGCGCCGCCAGACUCGGCGGCGCGAGCACAGCACGCGCGUCGCAGAAGUUACCGAGCGAUCCGUGCUCUCCGCGCGCGGCACUCGCGGCCCCGCGACCUCGGGCAGCUCAUGGAGGAGCUAGAGUCGCUGCAGGAGCAGUUCGCGCCGCACCGCGCCCAGUACACGCACCUGCUCAUGGCCGCUAACAGCGCCGAGCAGCCGAUCUACACCGAGGAGGAACGCCAGAACGCGCAGCGAACUGUUGACAUUGUGUCCGACAUUAUGCACAGCUUCGCUCACGCGUACCACGCCGUCAGCGACAUCAACUUCCAGGUCGGCCAGCGGAACCCGCGCCUCACCUCCGAAGCGUCCGUCAUGCGACACCCGCUACCCAUGCAGCAGGCGCACAUUAACGUGGUUCAGUCUAACCGCCGCCAGCCGGGUCAGAACGGCACCGUUCCGACGGCCGGCGCCGGCGUAGGCGCGGGCAACACCGCCACCGGUCAAGCCGCGCCCGCUACCACCGCCACGGCUACCAGCGCCACCAGCGUCACGAGCGCCACCGUCACCAGCGGCUCGGCCACCGCCACACCCACCAGCGCCAGCGCCGCCACCCCCGCGCCCACCGCCACACUCACCGGCAACCCGACUGACGCUCAGCCUACCACUGAACCCAACGCCGCAGGCAGAAACUCCACUCAGCCUACAGUCAACAUAAACAUACAACCUGAUCCCAUCACGUACCAAGUGGAAAUCGAGACCAGGGUGCCGAUAGCGUUCGCUCUAGAGAAUGCCUUGUUAAACGGGCUGACUGGCGCACACGGGCAAGUGCCCGCCGGGGGCGCCCCGCCGGCCCAGCCCAACCAGCCUCCACAACCGCAGGACGGCCAGCCCAACCAGGCAAGCCAAGGAAAUCAGCCACAACAACCUAGGCGUCAGGUGCUCUUUGAUUUUGAGAAUUUGUUCCGUGGCCUAGGCCAGAACGGCGGUCUGGGCGGAGUGGAGGUGGUAAUGAGUAUGGAGGAGAUCCCGAACGGUCAGAUAGUGGGGUCGGUGCCGCCGGCGGCGGCGGCGGCGGCGGGCGGCGCGGGCGCGCGCGCCGAGCCCGCGCUGCACGGCAUCGGCGUGCAGCAGGCGGACGGCGGAGGUAAUACUCCCCACAUCUUCGGAGCAGACAUCUACCUAGGGGGUAUGCCGUGGGGCGGCGCCCCUAGCGCGGACCUGCUGCAGAACAUCGUGUCGUCGGUGAUCCGGCAAGGGCUGCUGCCGGGCGGCGAGGCUGUCGCGCUGCAGGUCGCGCACGCCAUGCCCAACGCCGCGCCCGACCAGGCGCAGCCGCAGAACGGACACACGACGGGCAGACACGCCAACCUGCACCUCCGGCGCGCCACGACCACGACCCGCGCGCACGCCGUCACGCUCAACAACUUCAUCUACGACAGGUUCCUGCUCUGCGUCAGCCCGCACGCCCGCCGGCGCCUGCUUAGACGCAGGGAGCAGCAGCAGCACCAGGCGGCCGCGCACGCGCGCGCCCGCGCCGACCGCGCCGCCGCGCAGAACAUUGAGGUCCUACGCGAACGGAACCCCAACUUCACACAGAACCACAUUCAGACCAUGGUAGACUUGCUGGGCAGCGAGCCUGGGCGCGCUUCGUUUACAAACGCUUUCUUCGUGGCAGUUGCCCGGCACCUGUUCCUGACGGAGCCGAUGCAGAUAGUGUCGGGCGAGUCGGCGCUGGUGCCCAACGAGUUCCAGGCGCUGCGGCAGAUGCUGCGCGUGUACCUGCAGGAGCUGCUGGUGCGCUCGGGCGGCGUGCACAGCGACCACACCUUCGAGACCGUGGCCGGCUUCCUCGUCGACGAGCAGCGGGACUUCCUCUCGAGAGUGGAAACCAUAGUACCGCUGCGUUCGGAGUUCAACUUGGGGGCGUCGAUGCGCGCGCUGAUCGCGUCGCGGCUGCCGGCGAUCGUGGCGUCGGUGAUGUCCGACUCGGCCACGGAGGCGUUCGUGGCGCGCUUCUACGCCAUGUUCUCGCAUCUCUUCACCGACAUGUGCACGCUGAUGGCCUACUGCUGCCGCGACGGUGUGGACGGACUGCGCACGCUGUUUAGAGCUUUCCUGGAAGAGAAAGUGCGUGAUUGGGGCAGCGAAGACGUCCAACAAGUGUUAAUCACACUUGGCAUGGAGAACCUCGGCGUGGUGAUUAACAGCCUGAACGCCAUCACACCCGUCGACCCCAUACAGCAGUUCGUUAUACGACGUGCGCCCGCUGCUGCCGCGGCGGCGCCCCAAGAGCCGAGCCCGAUGGACGUGUCCCCCCCGGCGUCAGAGGCGAGCCCCGCCCCCGCCGCGCCCGCGGCGCCGGCGACCCCGGCGGCCACACACGCCUCCGACGUGUCGAGCACCACGACAGACGCCGGCGAGGCCCGCGCCUCCCGCCCGCUCGCCAGCAGCGAGGCGGCACCGGCCACUGAGCCGCAGCCUUCGCGCUCUACACCUAGCCAGAGUUCAAGAGCGAGCCGACCGGAGCGUGAGUCUGCCUCUCAAAGGACAUCUCCCGACUCACAGUCUAACAACCUAAACUUCGUACCGCCAAUGAUGUUGCUACAGCACUGGGGCGAAGAAUGGGUGCCGGUGUUCACCCGCGACCAACACAACAUGACCGCGGCCCAGGAGCCGUACAGCGACGCCUACCUCUCGGGCAUGCCGAGCCGCAAGCGGCGCUGCGUGCGCCAGUCGCGGCCGCCGCACACGCUCGAGUCAUUCAUCAACGAGAGCGUACGCGAGGCGAGCUCGCGGCCUGCGCCGGUGGACAGCGAGGCGGUGCGGCGCGCGUUCCGCGAGCACAUGCGCACGAUGGCCCGCAGCCGCGCCUCCAGCUCCGAGGACUACGACCCGCUGCGGUACGCCUCCGCGGCACGCUUCCUCAACUCUGCCGACACAAAGAAAGACCCGAGCAAAAAAAGCGAGGACAAAUCUUAAAUGUACUCUCCGUGCACUCGUCGCAGUCUACGCCUGCCUCGCGGUUACAAUAUUAAGUUAAACAUUUUGUAGUUACGCUGUAUGCGAGUGUUGUUUUAGUUAGACUGAUUGCAUUUUAGCAUUCUAAAUUUUGACACGACCACUUAUAUGAGUUCUAAAAUUCAGGAGCCGUCUUCUGUCUAAAAGGUUACUGGAUAUGGAUAUACGUGCUUUUGCAAACUAUUAUUGACUUGGUAAUUUUAAAUAUACUCAAAUAUUUUAAGUUGAUAGUAAUGUCAGACCAGCCUCACAGCCGGUGUAUUUCGACACUUGAAAAAAUACAAGUUUAAUUUACAUCUGCGAGUAAUUUAUUUGAAUUGACUGCAAUAUACGAUCCAUAGUUUAAACUAUUUAUGGUAAUGUCGUGUAAAGGUUACGUUUAAGGAUAGAGGCAAAUGGAAAUAUAUCUGUUAUAAAAUAAUAAAAUUUAAAGGAUUGUCCAUUUAUCCGCUGUUUCGUUAAACUAGCUUUAAACAAGAUUUGACUGUCACAGUUUGUAGCUGAAUGUAGGCAAUCAAUACUAUUGUUUUUGAAGUUUCGUAAUUUUUGUCAGAUUUGAGUUUUACUUUAUUGUUAUACACUUUUUCUUAUAUCUCUGUUAUCUUCAGGGUAUGGUUAAGUACAAUUUAGGGCCAUUUGCACCAACCACAUUUGACAGACUGAUCAGCAAGAGAUCUAUGUAAAUUCCCAUACAAUAAAAUAUUGCGAACGGUGACAUACGGGUUGGUGCAAUCUGAAUGACAUAGUUAUUUUAAUUUUCAUAUAAAAGUAGUUAAAUGCUGCAUAUAGCGUUGUUGUAACACGGGCAUUCUAUUUAACUCAACCAAACAAUUGAAAACUAUGACUUCAAAUGAAUAUCAUUUAGAAUAUCGAUCGUCCCCGAUAGUAGGUACUCGUUUUUGGUAGCAAAUGUAUCAACUCAUAUUAAAUACUAAUCAAUAUGUAUACACAGGCCCUAAGGCACGCUCACGCUCGUAGCGGCCUUAUCAGAUAAAAAUACGGAGUGUGGUGUCUUUAAGAAAACCUCAGAAAUGCACUCUUUAAAUUAACGGAGUUUAAAAAACACCGACGCAUAGUUAUAGUAUAGCUAUGGAUGCUAAAGUUUUUUUUUACGUUUGGGUUCUAAAGUAAAACUACUUUUGACCAACAUGCUCAGUCAAAAGCAGUUUUGCCUGUUUUUGUCGGUUAAAAGUUCUUUUGACCAGUUCACACUUUUGACUGCAACAUAUACAUUGGUCGAAAUCACCCUAAACAUGUAGAAUUAUACCAUGUUAUACCAAGAUAAGCCUGCAACAACUUUGAUAGCACACGCAGUGCCAGUGUUAUUUAUACAUCAUAGUAUCAUAUAAGUUUGUCGUUUAAGAUAACACUUGCACUGCGUGUGCUAUCAAAAUCGUUGCAGACGUGUCAUUGUCUAACUCUAGCGUAUUUAUUAACGAUUCUUUUAUGACUUUCCGAAUAUUAUCUAGAAUUAUCCAAAACUGCGCCAGCAAAUAACGUUAAAUUAUAUUGUAAAUUAAAUAAAUAUCAAGGAUUUUGUACCCUUAGAUGUGACGGAAUUUAUGAACUAAGUAUUUUAGCUUAAAGGAAUACGUCUGGUAUUUUUUUUUAACUGAGGUUAUAAUUUUUAAUAAAUCCAACUUAUGUACGAAAUACGAAACCUAAUGGAUGUUAUAUACAACUUUUUAAAAUGUUUAUUUUAUGUGUUUCAUUGCAAAAUGCGCAAUACUUAGCACAUGUAUGAGGUUUGAGAUGAAAGUGUUGCUUGGUUCAGGUUCUGGUUCAGUGCGGUCGUGUAAUCGUUACAUUUAAAUAUUAAUGCGCGUGACUCGGAUCAUUUACUAUGUACAAUAUAAUAACUAAACACAGAACAGAAACGUUAUCUAUGUAAAUAACUAUAAUUACCAGUUUCAUUUUAACCUUUUCGCCGCCAUUGACUUGAUAUAAAGUCGGUACAUUUUGUGCCUCACGCCAUCACUUGAUAUGUUAUACGGGUUGGUUACCUACGUGCAAUUUCUGGCUUGACGCUGAUGACACCAUAUUACUUACUUCAUUGACGUGGCGGCGAAAAGGUUAAGCAGGUGGAAUGUUAAGAAAGUUAUGUUAUCUUUUGCGCUGCUAUUUGGAAUACAAACAUAAGCAGUUGUAGUAAGUGUGGCUAGUAGCAAGCAGUCUGCCCCUGUCAAGUGCCGGGGACCGCGCAGGCCCAUGCUCGUGUCAUUAGUGCUGAACUCAACACGAUACAGACCAAUCACUUGUUGAAACAUGUAUCAUGAGACUGAUGUACUUUUGUAUAUAUAGUAAUGCGAGCAUUAGUUUGGUUACAUUAGAUCUUAGUAGUCGGUCUAUAAAGGCAUAUAUUUAACGGUUAAAUUCUCAGAUAUAGUACCUACUACACAACAAGACUUAAGAGGUACUGUUAAUUAUAUGAUAGGCUCAAACACGUUUAUUGAAACUAUAUUACAUACCUCCCGACUCCCUCGUUACAGGUAUUAAUAUAACCAACUACUCGAUAAUGUGACCAAAUUCUAACUGCGACAGCGUUUAGUGCAAUUAUUCACAUAGCCUCUAAGCAGCUUAUUGAUCCAUCACAUGCAGUAUUGAUGUUUAGCUAAAUACUAAUCUUAAAAAAUUAAAUGUUAUCACAUAGCCGUCAUAUAUUCGCCUAUUUGUUUGUAAGAAAGGUGCAAGCGCGGAUUAUUGCUAUAUCGAUAGGCAUGGGAUCGCAUCAAGAAUGAAACUCUUCUCCCGUAGUUUGUUCGCGUUAAGAAUGCAGGAAAAUUAUCACUGUCCGCCGGAUAGUCCCGCCCGUAACCAAUCAAAUCGUUCCUAAAUAGAAAGUCAAGUUCACAGUGACCAGUUGAAGGCAUAAUAAUAUAUACUUUCUAAUUAGGAACGAUUUGAUUGGUUACAAGCAUCGCUAGGUCGGCGGACAAUGUUGAUUUUACUGCAUUCUUAACGCGAACUAACUAAAGUGUCAUCAAACGAUGUUUUCAAGAGGUCAACUGAUUUAAAAAGCAUGUUAGCAGGAUUUAGAAAAUAAAGAUUUUUGUGAUAAUCCAUGUAUGCACAAGAACAGUUAAUUUGCUGUUUUAUUGACAAUGUGAUGUGUAAGGUAGUGGGUGUAUUUUAAGUUCACAUGAUAAAAUUAUAGGCGUUGAUGUAAUUAAUGUGGCGUUAGAUAAAUAUAAUUGAUGAUUACGGUAAU